UGCUGUCCCCUGGAUGUCCUCUGCAGUGAAGUUCCUGAAUAAUUAACUCUGCCAGAAGGGUCUUCUUUCAAGCUUCUGUAUUGUUGCCUGUGUAUUGAUGGCAAUUUCGACCUUGCCAUCAGCAAGUUUGAUGAUGGGAAAUCUAGUCUGCAAAGGCGUCCAGUGAGUAUCCCAAUCGUAUUGUUCUCUCCAUAA